UAGCAGCAUCUUGUCCCUGGGAGAGCUGGACCUGACCCCUCAUCAGACACAACUUCCAUGCAGCAGGGAGCAGUGCCUAACACAGAGCCCCUCCUCCGGGGAUCCCAGCCCAGGGUGGCCCAGGACAGGAGCAACUUCUGCGUCUGAGCCCGAUGGAGAACCCGAGGCGCCCCAGGAAGCCGGUGGCGGACGGGAGAGCCAGGUCUCUGGACAGGCCACAAGCCCCCAGGAAAGUCUCAGAGGCACGAGACUGCCAGCGCGGUUCCCCGCCCGCUGCCUCCUCCAGGAAGGUGCUUCGCCGCACGGCCAGUGACGGGGCCGCGCGUCCUGAGAGCCCGGCUGGGUCUGCCGAGGCUGGGGGCACCGCGGCCGCAGCCCUCGCUUCAGAGGAGGCCGGGGCGUUUCCCCCCCGCGAGCAGAGGCCCCCGCAAGACACCAAGAAGGACAAGGGCCCGCAAGACACCAAGAAGGACAAGGGCCCGCGGCGGGCCCAGCAGGGGUGGCUGAAGACGGUGCUGAACUUCCUCCUGGGGGCCGGCCCUGAGGAGCCCAGGGAAAGGGCCAGCAGGAGGCCGAAGGGGAAGGAGGGCCUGCCCCAGCCCGCGGAGCCCCCGCAGGCACCGGGGGAGCCGGCCCUCGGGAAGGGAGCCCACGACAGGAAGGCCGGCCGCAGGAAGCAUGGCCGCAAGAGCCGCGUGGCCGAGGACACCGAGGGCGCUGACGCUGAGGCGGCCGCAGAGUUAGGAGAAUGUCACCGACACCCCCACGCACACACCCACACACCCACUGCUUUCUUCUGCUUUCCAGGUGGGGAGGGCUCUGGUCCCCACCAGUCCUUGCUCACUGAGGAGGGUGGUGCUGCUUCGGACGUUUCUCCCCAAGCCACCGGGCACCAGCGAGAAGAGGAGGUCGAAAAGCCUGACCAGGAUGCUAUCAUCAAGAGGAUAGUGGAAUUGCUCAAAAGAGUGGGAGACCAGUGGGAAGAAGAGCAACUUCAACAGAUGGCCCUGCAAAACCCAGCGCCAGCCUCUAGGAAGAAAUCCCACGAGAAAAAGUCCAGCUCCAAGAGAGUCUUUUCUCUUAAGAAACACAGCUCUGAAGAGCCCAAGAGGGCGGGGGCUGCAGAUGUUCCCAGCCCAGAGGCCCGGCCACCCAAGAGGCCCGGCUUUCUGCCCCUAGCCCUGUGUGUCGGUGGCCAUCGGCCUUCCAUCUCCAGCAGCCUUGGCUUGGAAGAACCCGAAGCCCAGGGGGCCCUGUCUAUGGACGGCGGGGGUCCCAGUCCCUUCGAGCUUUCCGCCCACCCAGGAAGCCAGGGACCCGGCGAGGAGCCGCAGCUGGACAGAGCCUCGGAAUACAGAGAAUUCAUCCAGAAGAUCAUCGCCCUACUCCAGGAUGCAGAGGGACAGCGGGGCGAGGAGCAGCCUCAAGGCCAGGAGGCAGAAGUGGCUGUAGAAAACCUGGCCCCACCCUGCAGGAGGAAAUCUCAGGAGAAAAAGUCCAGCCUCAAGAGAGACUUUUCCCAUAGAAAACACAGCUCCAAGGAGCCCAAGAGAGCGGGGGCUGCCAGCCCGGAGGCCCGGCGGCCCAAGCGGCCCAGCUACCUGCCCCUGUGUGUCGGUGGCCACCGGCCCUCCGUCUCCAGCAGCCUUGAUCCAGAAGGUCUCGAGUUGCAGGAGCCCUCGUCUGCAGAGGGGGGCCCAGCUGGGAUCUCAGAAGCACCUCCCCAGGCCAGAAGCCACAAGCCAGAAGGGGGACCUCAGCCAGACGGAGCAUGCGAAUCCAAGGAGCUCAUCAUCCAGCAGCUGGUGGCGCUUCUCCAGGAGGUGGACGGCCAGCUGGGCCGGCAGAUCAGACGACACCCCAGCUUUAAGAGAUUUUUCCACGAGUUCUCAGACUCCUCCCUCAGCAAGCUGGUAGCCACCCUGCACAGCCAGGUGGCCCGCUCCUCUGAGCUGGACGGGAACCUCGCCAAGAGACCCUACCGGUCUGGCUUUGGCUUGGCGAACAAAUUUGCCGGCCACAAGAGCCACGCCGUGUCUAUCCUCAUGGGCUUAAGAAGCCACGACAGUUGCACCCAGUUCCCAUACAGGGAGUCCCAGCUGAACAUCAGAAGUCCUGACACUCAAAGUCCAGAUUGAAAGCUGUGCCUCGUGGUAGAUUUCCCUUGAACUGGCCACACAAUUGGCAGCUUUAGCCAGGAGACGCUGAAGAGGCUCCAUGAUGUCCCAAUCCCGUGCCUCACAAACGUGACUGAAGACAAGAGCAGACAACUACUCUGUGUCCACGCGCCAUCGUCUGAGAAGGCACACAGCACCUUCCCACGGGGCGAGAUGCAGAGGCCAUGUUGGGGGCAAUCUUGCACCAGGCUGGGAGUCCCCCUGCCUCAAACCUCCUGCAGGGCCCUGAACACGUCCCGUCUCCUCUUGGGACCCCGGAUUCUAGACUGUCAUUCGGAAGGCCUACUGACAUUUUUCGAGAUGUUUUAACUGAGUCCAGUUUUAAAAAUAAUUUUUUAUUUAAUCUCUGACCAGAACGUCCACACACAAACAGAUGUGCAUCUGUGUGCAACAUGUCAUUUAUUCGGUUGGUCAACAGUGCUUAAUGCUCAUAUGGAUUUAUAGAUGCCUCCCAGGAACUCUGCAGGCCCCACAUGGGAAAGAACUAUAGACUGGGCACUUCUGAUCUCUCAGAAUCCUUCUAACUCUGUAUCCUGUAAUUCUCUGACCAGAGAAAUGAAGCUGAUACCUUUUACCUCUCCCAUCUCCUGGGGCUUGCUGAGUCAGUGAGAAAAUGGAUGUGAAGAAUUCCAAAAAUUACACAGUGCCACGUCCAUGUAUGUUAUUAUUCUUAUUAUAGCUACAUCUGGAUGUUUUUCAGGAAGUAGAGGAUGGCUUCAAGCUGGACCGCUAUGGAUGGUUGCACAGAUGUGCACUGUUCAAGAGCAUCAUACCCCAGGGGUUGCUAUUCAUAUCCUAGGCAUUGUAGAUUUCUAGAUGUAUAAUGACAGUGUUCCAGCUGAUGGCAGUAGAGUGUCUUGAGAAAAGGGCUUUUUUGUGUGUGUGCACAAAGGUGAGGUGUAGGGUGCUGGAGGCUCUGCCUUCUACACAGCUGAACAGUUUCAAUAGCUGGACUCGGGUGGGCAAUUUGCCACACGUCCAUACCUACAAGCAGGCCCAACAAGACUGCAAACAGACGUACAACUCCCUUGGACUUUGCCUGGACCAUGUGGUCAUCGGGGAGAGGAUGUCACAGCCUGCAUGGCAAACUAAAUUGUGUUACCCACGGCGGACACGGUGUUGCCGUGUUGAACCUGUGGUGAGCGCCGUGGGGUGGGCCUGGGAAGGAGGAGAAGCUGAGGGUAGAGAGGCCACUUAGAUGGGACUGGCCUCGAACGUGAGACAAAGUUUUAGGAAGCUCAGCUGAGCAUAUGCUGAAAGUCAUUUAGGUUUUAUCGCUGCUUCUGAGGAGUGGGGGAGAGGUGAGUUAUUUAUGGGUUUAUUUUAGGCAGUGUUCAGGAACACAGCACCAAAAUGUGAAGAAUUGGAAUAAGUGUGGAAAUGAAGGUCAGGAACCUUCUGUGCAUAGUUUUCUUAUUUGGAAUGAUGUUCUUUAAGCCGUGUAAGUAUUUGGUUUGAGUUCCCGAUGCUGGCAUCUGACUCUCAUUUUUGUAUUGUAUUAUUGGA